CUCCGUGAGGCUUUCCGAGCGCGGCCGCAGGCUUCCCCCUCGUGCGGGAGGGAGGUGUUUUCCCGUCGCGAAGUGCAAAGCAAAGUCAGUGGGAUUCCCCUCCUUCCCCCUCGCCCCCCCCCACCCCACCCCCCCUUUUUUUGGGUGCAUCCACGCGCUCCCUCAGGCAUGAUGCUCAAGAUGCUGCCGUUUAAGCUGCUGCUGGUGGCCGUGGUGCUGUGUUUCUUCGAGGGGGAUGCCAAGUUCGGGGAGAGCGGCGCCCGCAGGAGAAGGUGCCUCAACGGGACCCCGCCGCGGCGGCUGAAGAAGCGCGACCGGCGGCUGCUGGCCCCGGAGGCGCCGGGCGGCGGGGAGGCGAUGUGCCGCGGCCUCUACCCGCGCCUCUCCUGCUGCCCCCGCGCUGACACGCAGGGGCUGCUGCACGCCGACACCAAGAUACUUUCUGUUACGAACAACACAGAAUGUGCGAAGCUACUGGAGGAAAUCAAAUGUGCACACUGCUCACCUCAUGCCCAGAAUCUAUUCCACUCACCUGAGAAAGGGGAAACAUCUGAAAGAGAGCUAACUCUUCCCUACCUGUGCAAAGACUAUUGUAAAGAAUUCUAUUAUACUUGCAGAGGUCACAUACCAGGUUUUCUCCAAACUACAGCUGAUGAGUUUUGCUUUUACUAUGCAAGAAAAGAUGGUGGUGUAUGCUUUCCAGAUUUUCCAAGAAAACAAGUGCGAGGGCCAGCUUCUAACUCCCUGGACCACAUGGAAGAAUAUGACAAAGAGGAAGAGAUCAGCAGAAAACACAAGCACAACUGCUUCUGUAUUCAGGAGGUUGUGAGUGGACUAAGGCAGCCUGUUGGAGCAGUACAUUGUGGGGAUGGAUCUCAUCGCCUCUUUAUACUUGAAAAAGAAGGCUAUGUGAAGAUUUUCAGUCCUGAAGGAGACAUAAUCAAGGAACCUUUUUUGGAUAUACACAAGCUUGUUCAAAGUGGAAUAAAGGGAGGAGAUGAAAGAGGACUGUUAAGCCUUGCAUUCCAUCCCAAUUACAAGAAAAAUGGAAAGCUGUAUGUGUCUUAUACCACCAACCAAGAACGGUGGGCUAUUGGACCUCAUGAUCACAUCCUUAGGGUCGUAGAAUACACAGUAUCCAGGAAAAACCCACACCAAGUUGAUAUGAGAACAGCAAGAGUGUUUUUAGAAGUAGCAGAACUACAUCGAAAACACCUAGGAGGACAGCUUCUGUUUGGCCCAGAUGGCUUCCUAUACAUUUUUCUUGGAGAUGGCAUGAUUACUCUAGAUGAUAUGGAAGAGAUGGAUGGUUUAAGUGAUUUUACAGGUUCUGUAUUACGCCUCGACGUAAAUACUGACCUGUGCAGUGUCCCUUAUUCCAUACCGCGGAGCAACCCACAUUUUAAUAGCACAAACCAACCUCCUGAAAUUUUUGCACAUGGACUCCACAAUCCAGGCCGCUGUGCUGUGGAUCGCCACCCAACAGAUGUAAACAUCAAUUUAACAAUACUUUGCUCAGAUUCAAAUGGAAAGAACAGAUCUUCAGCAAGAAUCUUACAGAUAAUAAAGGGUAAAGACUAUGAAAGUGAGCCUUCACUUUUAGAAUUCAAACCAUUCAGCAGUGGAGCCUUGGUUGGUGGAUUUGUCUAUCGAGGUUGCCAGUCUGAAAGACUCUAUGGAAGUUAUGUAUUUGGAGACCGCAAUGGAAAUUUUUUAACACUGCAACAGAAUCCUGCAACUAAACAGUGGCAAGAGAAACCCCUCUGUCUUGGCAACAGCGGUUCAUGUAGAGGUUUCUUUUCAGGACCUGUCUUGGGAUUUGGCGAAGAUGAAUUAGGUGAGAUUUACAUAUUAUCAAGCAGUAAAAGUAUGACACAGUCUCACAAUGGAAAGCUCUACAAGAUCAUUGACCCGAAAAGGCCUUUAGUCCCUGAAGAAUGCAAAAGAACGGCUCAGUCUGUACAGACACUGACAUCUGAAUGCUCAAGGCACUGUCGGAAUGGGCACUGCACUCCCACAGGAAAAUGCUGCUGUAAUCAAGGCUGGGAAGGAGAGUUCUGCAGAGCUGCAAAGUGUGACCCAGCAUGUCGACAUGGAGGUGUCUGUGUAAGGCCUAAUAAAUGCUUAUGUAAAAAAGGCUAUCUCGGCCCCCAGUGUGAACAAGUGGAUAGAAACAUCCGAAGAGUGACAAGGGCAGGUAUUCUUGAUCAGAUCCUAGACAUGACAUCCUAUUUGCUGGACCUAACCAGCUAUAUUGUAUAGUUUCUGGGACUAUUUGGAAACUACACUUUCAACGGGCAUUUGUUUUGAAUCCUGUCAUUUUUAAAAGACGGUUGGUUAUCCUGCAACAAAUAACGGUGAUUUGAUUUACCUUAUUAAUUUAAAUAUAGUAUCCAGAAAUGUGCCAAUACAUUUGUUGUAUGUGUGUAAAUAUUCCUGUACAUCCCCACGGAUGUACAGAUACCCAAUACAUGCACACAUACACGGGCAGGCACUAUCACAAAUAUGGUUUUACAGGUAGUGGAAUUUUUUUAAUAUAUAUUUCUUCAUGAGAAAUAGUUUACAAAGCAAUUCCACUGCAAACCACAAUUUCGUCAAAGGACUUUCCUGAUGUCAUUUUGGAUUCACUGACAUCCCAGAAACCUUGUGUCUGCAACUGCCUGAUUAUAGCAAUAAGAGAGCAGUUUUGAACCAUCACUGUAUAAACUGCUGGACUUAAAGAAAUCCAGUUGUAACAGUUUUUAAGGCGAAAUGAUCUACGUUAUGAGAGAAUAUUUCAGAUCUCCUUAAUGCAUUCCUAUCUAGGCAAUUCAUUGUAAGACUGUAACCUUCACCUUCAUCAAUGUAACUCUAUUACAGAAUGUUACGCAUUUCUUUAUCUAGCAUAGAUGCAAAAAUCUGGUUAUCGCAGCUUAAUAUCAAGAUUGUUUCGAGUGUUUAAUAAUUAAAUUAUACUCGCAUAUUUCAAAACCAGUCAUCCUAGAAGGUCUGCUUUUUAUCAUAUAUUUUAUUUAACAAUGGGCACUGGGUUCAUGUUACAUAUUUAUAUUAUUUUAUUUUAUUUUAUUUUUAUAAUAUAGACAUCACCUAGAUGAGACAGCUUUGCCAUGUCCUGUAUAAUACUAAAGUUACAUUUUUCACCAACUUAAUUGGAAAGACGGGGAAAGAGAGAGCAAACACACUCUUUAUUGUGUUGUGGAUCUAAUCUAGAAAUGUAUCCUUGUGUCAACUUGUAUUCAUUCACGACGGAUGAAAAAACAACCACCAACCAAUCCUAAUAAAAUUCCAGCAUAUGUUAGAAGUGUUCAUAAAGUGAUUUUCACUGUAACAGGACGGGCCAGAUUAUACAUGAUUAGACUGCUACCGAUUUCACACUGAAUGGAACUUCACUGGACAAAAGCUCACAUUAGCACGUGUUGGCUGUGUAAGAUGUCACUUGUACAAAACGUAUAACAAUUAUUGCCAAAUAUGGUUUUAAAUGUAAAUGUUCCUUGAAGAGCUAACAUAAAAUUGAAUUUUUGUAAAUGUAUCAAUAAAUAUGGUGUACAUGCUCUGGUCAGGUUUUCUAAAGUAUUAAUAUUCGAAUUAGAUGUAUCUUCAGAAUCGGUGCCGUUAUCUCCAGCUCUGGGACGUUAUUGGCAGAUUCUUUGUUCACUGUUUACUGGCUAUCAGAUUUCCUUUGCACUACCUGGCUUUUAUAAAAUCUUGCCUGUAAAAAGAGAGUAGAGUAGCCACAGCAUGCACACGCUAAUGGUUCUUAUAUGCAGCUAUUCAUGUGUCAACAGUUUACAACACUUUAGGCAAUAACUUCUAGCAUACUCUAGCCAUAUUGCUCUCCAGUAGCAAAAUUCUCUUUCCAGGGUAGUGACAUGUAAUGAAUUUUCCUUUACGGAAAGUUGUCAGUCUUCAUUUAAUAAAUAUUAAAUCUUUAAGUACAGCAAAACAGUUACUUGUAUUUAUCUCUAUUCAGUAUUCCAACUGAGAGGAACAGAAAAUUACACUUCCAUAUAUGUUUGCUUGGGUUUCAAGCGACCUCAUGCCAAAUGGAAAUUGGUUGAGAGAUCUUGGUUAAGUGCUUAGUGAACAAUGGUCUGCAUUAAAAAGUGCAUGCAUAAUUUUGCACAAUGUAGAUUCAACUGACAGUCCAUUGAAAGACAUCUCAGGAUUAAAUGAGCAUGAAGACCAAAUUGCCCUCUCACCCUAGAAAAGGGUGGUCCCUUAUAGUCACACCAACACUUCAUUGGCUAAGCAGUGUGACCAAUCUUAAAAUGAACCCUGCAGUAGCAUCUGUAGGUUAAUAGCAGCUCUUUGUCUCCACUGCUUUCUGCCUUUAGUCUUUUUCCUGAAUUCCAUCACAAAAAGUUUUACAAUUAAAAAAUGUCCUGACAACCAUUUUUGUAAAUUGACCUUACCAUCUAAUCUUCCCUUAUUCAGUGUGGGUGACAAAAAUGUGAACUUCUCAUGAAUGAGCCAGCUGUCUAAAUCUGUCAGAUAGUGCAGUUUUAUUGCACUCUUCAUAAUCAGUAGAGCAAGAAAGUCACUCAAGUAUUUUUGCAACAUUUAAAUAUCUGACAGAGAUAACAACUUUAACACUUUCUUUAAUGAAUAUAUUAAAAAACUAAACCCCACUUUAGCUCAUAAUACUCUCAAUAACUGGCUGGGGAGAUGUGAUAGUUCUUUUCUCACUGCUUCAUUCCUAGAGACUAAAUAUUUAUAUAUAGAUAUAUAUAGAUAUAUAUGCCACAGUUGUGAAAAGAAGGGAUAACAAUGACCAUACAGUUUUCAUCUUAAUAAUAAAGACAAUUUAGUUUACUAGUGGAAUCAGAAAAUAAAACUUCAUUAAAGGUUAAGAAUUAAAUCCAGGGCUCAUUCAAAUCAAUGGCAUUAAAAAAUAAAUAAAUAAAUAAAUAAAACUCUCAUCAACUGCACUGCAGCCAGAAAAUCACUUUUAAAACUGAAGCAAAUAUUUCAGUUUAUUUCUUUAAAAAAAAGUUGUAAGUAAAGAAUAGAGAGAAAGGGGAAAUAGCUUAUGGAAAGUGUUCUGCUUCAGUUUUAAAUCAUCUUUUGUAUCAUGUGAAAGCAGGCAUCUGCUUUAAGCCCACAUGGAUACAUACGAAGUCCCAGUGGAAAAGAAGUAUUCUCAAAAAAAGACACAAAAAUCCCAACUGCUUAUUUAUCAAAAGAAAUUAUACUAUUAAAAAGAGUGAGUAAACCCUAGGCCUAACCACCCAAGAUGCUAAUAUAAAAAGGGCAACUGCAGUAAUUGCCCUGAGAAUUGGCAUACAAAAAAAAAAAAAAAAGGUUUGUAGAAAGUUAGGUCAUUCUACAGCCAUUCUCACACAAUCUCUGCGAGUGUCCCAGAAUAAAACUGAGCUUAUAAAUGAAACUAGAUAAAUGAGGCAAUUAGAUAAGGGCCUCUAGAAAGGAUUUUAUGUAUGUGUUCAAGUUGUCUCUGUCUCUGUCUCUCUCUCUCCUAAUCUUUUAUUCCAUUCACUUAUUCCUUUAUUGUGAGAUACUGCCCUCUCUGUGUCCCAGUACAUGGUAUAUUUCAAGCAUUCUUUCAGGCUUUCUACUGUUAAAAAAGAAUAAAUAUACCUGUUGCCAAAAGUAACUCUAUUCCUGCUGUAUGCUAGUUUUCAACCCUCAUUUAAUUAUUUGAGGAUGGAAAACCUUCAUCCUUCUCUUUUUAAGAUGCUACCAAUCAGAAAAAAAGGUGUAUUAUUUGAAUAUAAGGAGAAACGUUCUUACUCCAUACAUAAGUAUUGAGACAAAAAGAAUAAUCAGCUCCAAAUUGGUUUACUCCAUUUCAGAAAAACAAACAAACGAUCAAAAAACGUUAAGCACACUUUUCUAAUGUUUCCAUUAAGAAAUACUAUCCCAAACCCUUCCCGUCAAGGAAAUAUAUUUCUUCCAUUAACAGUCAGGGACACAGAUACAGACUCUUUGUACCUUUAAAUCCUCACAAGUUAUUCUAUUUCAUGCAUCCAGAGUAUAAGCUAGGUAUGAAUAAGAAUAUAAGUUCUAUAUUGGCAACCAUGACAGCUCUUUGUUUAUCUCCUUUCAUUCACUUCUCUACAUUUCAGUUUUGUAGCUCCUUCCUUCCUAGAACUAUAGCAAAGAUUGGUAAUUGGUUGCUGCAGCUGUUGCUUUUUCUUUCUCUCUCUUUUUUUUCCAAACUGUAUAAUAGAUAUAUGCAUCUAAGGAACUUCCCAAUAGACUGGGUUUGUUAUCUUUUGAUUGCCCCACAAAAUCUUGUCAUUUUAUUGUUACUUCUAAUGCCAUAGUUUGGCUGGAUAUUGGCCACUAACUGUGUAUAAUGAUUCAGGAGUAACAGCCUCCAGCUGCUCAGCAUCAGCUAUACUGAUGGUGGAAGAAGGGAGAAAGCAUUUGUUCAGACUAUACAGUCACUACACUAGUCAGAAAGUUACCAAUUUCAAUACAGUAACCAGAUGCCUCAAGUAAAAAGCAGAACAACAUUCCCAAGAUGAUGAAAUGUUGCUUUUCAUUAUACUCUUUCUCUAAUUUGGGAUCAGAAAUGAGGACUUUUUCAUGUACAAAUAUGCAAAAGUGAUAUUCUAAAAACACUUCAGCUCAAGUAAUCUUUCACAGGUGUGGAGUCCCAUUAAAAUGAAAAUACUCAUGUGAGAUUCGACGUGCAUCUAUGAAAUGGGCAUUUAAAAGAUUGGGCCCACGUGGAAAAAAUAGUUCUGAGGACAUCCUGCUCUGCUUAGUUUUCCUUAACUGCAUAAAUCCUUUAAAAGAUACUGAAGUUUUUAAAUCUACUAUCUUUUAUUUUAACUGUGUAUCAGUUCAGUUAGGAAUAAUACCAUAUGGAUCUUCUGGCCAGGGUGAUUAUUGUCUUAGAAGAAAGGGAAGGGAGUCAUGAAGUAAAUCAAAACUAACUUUUUCCUUUUCAUUAUACUAAAAAAUGACCAACAUUUCACAUUUGACAAAUUAAAAAAUAUAUGUAUUAUCACUAAGAACUUUGCCAAAAAGGCAGUCAACAUCUUACAUUUAUCCUGACCCAAAUUUGCAGUAAAGAUCUACCAAAUAAUCUGAAUUUGGGCUACAAAAACCUGAUAAAUACUUCCAUUAAUUUCAAAGAAAAAUGCUGUAGAAACACUAAAAAAAGUUUUGCUAAAAUUUUCCUUGCUUUCAAAAGGGUAGCGAUUCAGUGAAAUACUACUAGCUUACUUUUCAGGAUAUAGGUGUGAAACAGCAGAAGAUACCUGAAAGCUCAGUGCAGGAUUACCUCAAAUUUUCUUUGAGGGCCCAACUUGAUGUCCAUUGAUGUCAACUGAAAAUCUCCAAUUGACUUUGUUAAUUAUAGGAUAAUGUCCUUCAAAGACAAACACUUAGCUGGCAGAAGAACUUCGCUACAGACAUCACUACACCCUUUGCCCCUAUGUCAGCAUCUAUAGUCAUUAGACUCAGGUUUUCCAGAGUAAGACUGCAGUUUCAGGCCUGUCUUUAAGUAGUGAGCAUAUCCGAUCCUGUUGAGUUUCCUUACAGGUACUGCCAACUGCUACACAGAGCAUUCUGAUAAAUCUGCCAAGCAUUUUGUUACUUCUUCAAAAGCGCUGAGCAAUUAGCUCACAUCUUUUCUCUUUCACACGUAUGUGCUUAUUUCAAAUAUUUAAGCGUAUGCCACUAAGCAGGAAAGUAAUUUAAAUAAGUCAGUGGUCCCAUUUUAUGAAAGACAUAAUAACACAGGGCCCCAGAGCGCCCGCACAGAGGGGAUGUCAUCCCAGUGCUCACAGACAUCAAUGGAUGAGUUCCUGCAACUGUUUUGAGUCCAGUAUUACAAAGGCUCCAUUCAACAUAAGGCAUAUUUUCAAACCUUUCUUCACAUGUUAAAUAGGAAUGGUGUAAUAUUUCAAUCAAGACUAUACCUUAAUCCAACAAAAAAUUUUGUUCCCAUCCUUACUAAUAAAAAUGGCAAUACUGAAAGCGAUGACACUACUCAAAGUACUAAAAUAACAGAUGUAAGCAAGUGCAGGAUUAGACUUGGGUAGGUAUUCUACAGGCAAAGGAUCUAUCUGCUUGCCUUUGUACUCAUUGACUUCAAUUACUGCUGUGCACUAAGGAUUUAUCAUGAUGUAAAAUACACAACAGAAAACAAUAUGGCAAUUCAAUACAGAUUUACACUGUGUAGAUUGUCUAAUCGGACAGUAUUAGUAAUGCCUUAUCUUCUAGAUGGGAAACAUUACUAUUUUAUAGCUCUGUAUAAAUAGUUCAACGGAAACAUCAACCUUUUUCCUUCAGUUCACUCAUAAGUUAUUAAUAAUUACUAAUUUGGUCUACAUAUUGGUAAAGGAUUAUUGUGUUAUCCCCUAACCCAAAUAAAACUCCCACAGGUUUCCAUGGGAGCUUUUCUUUACUUUAUGCUGUACAGUGAUUUGAAAGCCAAGUGGCACACCUGCUUACCAGAACUCCGCGCACCAAAACCGCAUAAUUCAGGUGAUCAUUUCAUGCCAUAGGAAGUCACAAAAAAAAAUAUUUUAUAUAAUAUCAAUUUAAUGUGUGUUUUUGCCUAUUGUAUACUGUACACACACUGGCUUCCACAACCAAAAAUAUCAGAAAUUUUUGCUAAGAAUGUGCUCAAACAACAAGCUGCACUGUUGGAGAAGAGUUUUAUUUCUAUGAUAAAAAAACAACUUUCCAUCUGUUAUAAGUGGUAGUAGGGUGCCAUAUAUCAUAUAGUUAAGUUCCUUUAACAACCUAUGAGAUGCUCCCAUUUAUUUUCAUUUUGCAAUUAAAAGAAAAGUGAAAAAAAUCUUUCAAUAAAAAUUGUUUAAAUUCCUGUUUCAGAAAGAAGGUGCCAGCUAAAGCAUGUGAAUAUAUGCGAUGGCUGCAUUCACAGUCUUUUUGAGUGGGAAGAAAGCAGAGAGGUGGCUGUUUGGUUUUUGUGUGCUUGUGUAUAGGAUGCAUUUUGUUGUACAAGAAAAAGGUGGUUUGCAUGAUGAGGCAGUGACAACCAAAUCCCAUAUGCUGAAUGCUCCUAAGAGGAGUCACUAAAAGAAAAACACUCUAGGUGGAGUCAACUUCGGUGUGCAGAAUGCUCUGAAUUCCUAUCAGUAUAUACUGAGACCAGAAACCAUCUGGUAUGAAGUCACCAGAUGUAUCUUGUAGUGAUCACCGUUAAUACCAGAAGCAGUAAUUCUACCCUGUGAAUUAUCCAGAAAUGCUAUUAGCUGUCCCCCACAAAAUAUACUACAGAAUGAAAACUUCAAUUCCCUUUUGAGAACAAUUAGAUUUUAAUGGGAGCCAAGCAGGAAAGGAAAAGGAAAUAACAAAAAUCUGUCACUUGAGAACGUAACUGUUCUGAUAUUCCUCUGUUUAAGUAGUUUUAUUUUAUAGUAGCCAUCAGGUACUUUAUGUACAUUUGAAAUGUGGGAAACUAGUUUAGAAAACACCAUUCAAACUAUGUUUAAAUAUCUUCUAUUGACUGUACUAUACUACUAAGCAUAUACAGGCACCAAUCUAGCAGAGCACUGGAACACACAAGUAAUUUUAAGCACAUGAAUCUCACUAAAGUCAUGUGCUUAACAUUAUUAAUAUAAUUAAGUGCUUUCUUGGUUUGAGACCUUACAAGCCUUUGCAAGUCUACCUAUGUAGAUUACGUAUGCUAUAUGUGUAUUCUUUUUAGGGAGACAGCAUGGCUGAAGUUCAAAGCAAGAGAAUUCAGUUACUGCGUGUCACAAAUUCUAUAUAACCUUAAAUAAUUGCAUCUUUGUGCCUCCACUUUCCAUCUAAAAAUAAGUAAAACCAAUCCUUGUAAAGCGCUUUGAGCUCUUCAAAUGAAAAGUGCUAUAAAAAGUACAAAUUAUUAUUAUAUUAUUGAACACCAUGUAUGUAUACACACUAUUAUGUAAUAUAUAAUAUAUGUAUAAUGCAUAUAAAUUCUAACAAAUGUAUUUGUGUAAUAUCUGAGAAAUGGAACAGUUGUAUCUGGAAGUGAUAAAUGCAUAGAGUUGGAUUUAUUGUUAAUCUGUGGAUUUAAUGAUUUUUUAGACAAAAGGAUGUUUAAGUGUAUAAUUGCUUUUCUUAAUUUAAUAUAUUUAUGUAAAUGCAUGCUUGAAGUUCUGGAUAGAUAGUUAUUCUGUGUCCCUUAAGCUAAUAAAAUAUAUUAAACUUUAUCUUACAAU